GUAGGGUGAGGACUUGUAUUUGGCUUUUUGGUGAUUAAUACGUAUUAUGUACUUUGUUCUAAAAAAAAUAAAUUAUUAUCUUUCAAACAGCACAUAUUGAGCUGAUAUCUUAUCAUUUAUAAAUUAUUUGCAGUGUAAUGAAUGAGAUUUUCUCCAAUGUUGAUCAUCACAUUGAAAAAGGCGACCUGAUAAAAGAAUUCAAUAUGAGCGGUCUUCCUAUCCUCUACCGAAAGUUUGUUGAGCUUAUUGAAAUUUUGGUNCCCCCCCCGACAUAGAUCAGGGCUUCUAGUCCCAGUAUGCAAGAAAAUGACCCAAAUAAGAAGGAUCAGCUGGUUAUUGUUUUGCUUGAUAUGCUAGAGGUUGUAACCCGAGAUAUAAUGGAAGAUAAUGUUCCAAGCUUAAUUGAAUCAAGCCAUGGCGGUUUUGGGCACGAGGAGAUGACUUCUCUAAGUCAACAUAAUCAGUUCUUUCGAAUCCUUAAGUUCCCUAUUACAGAGGAAACCGAGGCAUGGAAGGAAAAAAUUGGCAGGCUUCAUUUAUUGCUAACAGUUAAGGAAUCCGCUAUGGAUGUUCCAACCAACUUAGAAGCUAGAAGGCGCAUUUCCUUCUUCUCAAAUUCAUUGUUUAUGGACAUGCCCCCAGCUCCUAAAGUUCGCAAUAUGCUUUCUUUCUCUGUGUUGACUCCGUACUAUAAUGAGGAGGUUCUUUUCACUAUGGACUCGCUGGAAAAGCCGAAUGAAGAUGGUGUUUCUAUACUAUUUUAUUUGCAAAAAAUUUACCCUGACGAGUGGGAGAACUUUCUUGAGCGUGUUGGCUGUGGCAAUGAAGAAGACCUAAAGGGCAAUGCACAAUUGGAAGAAGAGCUUCGUCUAUGGGCAUCAUACAGAGGCCAGACAUUGACAAGAACUGUUCGAGGCAUGAUGUACUAUCGUCAAGCAUUGGAACUUCAAGCAUUUCUAGAUAUGGCAAAAGAUGAAGUGUUAUUGAGAGGCUAUAAGGCUGCUGAGUCUAAUAAUGAGGAACAUAUACGAAACGAAAGCUCUUUGAUGCAACAAUGUCAAGCCAUUUCAGACAUGAAAUUCACAUAUGUUGUUUCAUGCCAGCAGUACGGCAUUCAGAAAAGAAACGAACGUGAUAAAGCUCAAGAUAUUUUAAGACUUAUGAUAAAGUAUCCAUCACUUCGUGUUGCUUACAUUGAUGAGGUGGAAGUAACUAGUGCAGAUAAAUCCAAAAAGCAGGUUGAUAAGGUUUAUUAUUCGACUCUGGUGAAGGCUGUGCCAAAAUCUGUUGACUCAUCUGAACCAGAUCAAAAGUUAGAUCAGGUCAUUUAUCGUAUAAAACUUCCUGGGCCUGCUUUAUUAGGUGAAGGGAAGCCAGAAAACCAAAACCAUGCCAUAAUUUUUACUCGCGGUGAAGGUUUGCAAACGAUUGAUAUGAACCAGGAUAACUACAUGGAAGAAGCCUUCAAAGUGAGAAAUUUAUUGCAAGAAUUUCUUAAGAAGCACGGUGUGAGAAAACCAACCAUUCUGGGGCUGAGGGAGCAUAUAUUCACUGGCAGUGUUUCUUCUCUUGCAUGGUUCAUGUCAAAUCAAGAGAACAGUUUUGUCACAAUUGGACAAAGAUUACUGGCCAACCCCUUGAAGGUUCGUUUUCACUAUGGUCAUCCUGACAUAUUCGACAGAUUGUUUCAUCUAACUAGAGGCGGUGUCAGUAAGGCUUCCAAAGUUAUCAACCUAAGUGAAGACAUUUUUGCAGGUUUCAAUUCUACAUUACGUGGAGGGAAUGUCACACACCAUGAGUAUAUACAAGUGGGUAAAGGGCGGGAUGUGGGACUCAAUCAAAUUUCUAUGUUUGAGGCAAAAAUAGCCUGUGGAAAUGGCGAGCAGAUGAUUAGUCGUGAUGUUUAUAGACUUGGACAUCGCUUUGAUUUUUUCCGCAUGAUGUCAUGUUACUUCACCACCGUUGGAUUCUAUUUUAGUACUAUGUUAACUUCUCUCAUGGUAUACAUUUUUCUGUAUGGUCGUCUCUAUCUUGUUCUUAGUGGACUUGAGGAUGGAUUAAGUAACCACUCGGCUAUACGGAACAAUAAACCUCUUCAAGUUGCUCUUGCUUCCCAGUCCUUUGUCCAGAUUGGUCUCUUAAUGGCAUUACCAAUGAUGAUGGAGAUAGGCCUCGAAAGGGGUUUCCGCACUGCCUUGACUGAUUUUGUUCUCAUGCAACUUCAACUUGCCCCUUUAUUCUUCACAUUCUCUCUUGGCACAAGGACCCAUUAUUUUGGACGAACAUUGCUUCACGGCGGUGCCGAAUACAAAGGCACAGGCCGCGGGUUUGUUGUUUUUCAUGCCAAAUUUGCUGAUAACUACCGAAUGUACUCGCGCAGCCAUUUCGUAAAGGGAAUUGAGUUGAUGACUCUACUUCUUGUCUACCACAUGUUUGGCUCAUCAUAUAAAGAUGUGGUUGCUUAUGUAUUGAUCACUAUGUCAAUAUGGUUCCUGGUGGGGACAUGGCUGUUUUCUCCAUUUCUUUUCAAUCCUUCAGGAUUUGAGUGGCAAAAGAUUGUUGAUGACUGGACAGAUUGGAACAAGUGGAUUCACAACCACGGUGGAAUUGGGGUCCCACCAGCAAAGAGCUGGGAAUCUUGGUGGGAGAAAGAGCAACUGCAUCUCCAGCAUUCUGGGAAGCGGGGUAUUAUCAUUGAAAUUUUGUUAUCACUCCGGUUUUUUAUAUACCAAUAUGGGCUUGUGUAUCACCUGACCAUUACUAAGAGAUAUAAGAGUAUCCUGGUUUAUGGUGUUUCAUGGCUUGUAAUUUUCUUGGUACUAGCUGUGGUGAAGAUUGUCUCUGUAGGGAGGAGGAGAUUUAGUGCUGACUUCCAGCUGCUGUUUCGGUUGAUCAAAGGCAUCGUAUUCAUAUCAUUCAUGACUAUUUUGAUUGCUUUAAUUGUGGUCCUGCACAUGACAUUCCGGGACCUCAUCGUUUGCCUCCUUGCUUUCAUGCCAACUGGAUGGGGAAUGCUCUUGAUAGCGCAAGCAUUGAAGCCAUGGGUAGAACGCGCCGGGAUUUGGGGAUCGGUUAGGACACUCGGGCGCGGUUAUGAGCUGACUAUGGGAUUGCUUUUGUUCACUCCGGUUGCUUUCUUGGCUUGGUUCCCAUUUGUGUCGGAAUUCCAGACACGAAUGUUGUUCAACCAAGCAUUUAGUAGAGGUCUGCAGAUCUCUCGUAUUCUUGGUGGUCCGAAGAAGGAGAAAGAUACCUCCAAGAACACCAAAGACUAGUUAAGUUCCCUUAAAUUAUCAAAUUGCUUAACUGCUUUUGUCCCAAGUGUGGGUGUUUUUGUAAAAUGUGUAUAUGUAUGUAUCUAUAUGUAAAUUUUUAUUAUGACUAGACUUCAUUCUCCCAUGGCUUAAAGCAUGAGGAGGAUUUGGAGGGUUUCAAGUGCUUUAAUUUGGAUGACCUAGUGUUAGUAUGAAGCCUACCUUUAUGUGCAUGUACUUCACAAAUAUAUUUGUACAUCAAGUUGGUGUGCACUAACUAAAAUUUACAUUACAUAACCAUAACUCAUAUGUGACACAAAUUCGAUGUAUUUGUACGUUGCAAACAAAACUCGUUUGUGUCACAUGUGAGUUAGCAUUGGCGCGAGGCAUCUAUGUCUGUGUAAUGUAAAAUUUAAAUGAUGUAUAUUUGGUGGAUUCCAUCUUAGUGUACAU